CGGCGAGGCGGGGCUGAGCCGGGCCUCAGGGGAGACGGGCUGGGCGGGCCCCAGCGUAGCCCGCAGCGCCCUGAGCCGCUCUGCGCAGCGGACACUAUUCUGUGUAUUCGAGGCUAGAACUGAACUUUCUGCCUUGUACUGACCCAUCAAGCUCUGUUCAGAACUGCUCAGUGAGGAGUCCUAGCCACCUGGAACCAUUGUGAGCGCAGAGAUGAGUCGCAUCAACUCAGGGGAUGAAGAAGAUACCUUCAAAAUCUUGGUUGCCACUGACAUUCACCUUGGGUACUUGGAGAAGGAUCCUGUGCGUGGAAAUGAUACGUUUGUAACUUUUGAUGAAAUUUUGAGACAUGCUCAAGAAAAAGAAGUGGAUUUUAUUUUAUUAGGUGGGGAUCUUUUUCAUGAAAAUAAACCAUCCAGAAAAACAUUGCACAAUUGCAUUGAAUUAUUAAGAAAAUACUGUAUGGGUGAUCAUCCUGUCCAAUUUGAAAUUUUGAGUGACCAGUCCGUCAAUUUUGGUUUUAGCAAAUUUCCAUGGGUGAACUACCAGGAUGGGAAUCUCAACAUUUCUAUUCCAGUUUUUAGUAUUCAUGGCAAUCAUGAUGAUCCCACAGGGGCAGAUGCAUUGUGUGCAUUGGAUAUUUUAAGCAGUGCAGGAUUGCUGAAUCAUUUUGGACGCUCAUCAUCUGUAGAGAAGAUAGACAUUAGUCCCAUUUUACUCCACAAGGGAAGCACAAAAAUUGCUCUAUAUGGAUUAGGAUCUAUACCAGAUGAGAGGCUAUAUCGAAUGUUUGUCAAUAAGCAGGUAACCAUGCUGAGACCAAAGGAAGAUGAAGAUAAUUGGUUUAAUUUGUUUGUAAUUCAUCAGAACAGGAGUAAACAUGGAGCCACCAAUUACAUUCCAGAGCAGUUUUUAGAUGACUUUAUUGACCUUGUUAUUUGGGGUCACGAACAUGAAUGUAAAAUAGCUCCAACCCGAAAUGAACAGCAACUUUUCUAUGUAUCUCAGCCUGGAAGUUCAGUGGUUACUUCUCUGUCGCCAGGGGAAGCUAUAAAAAAGCACAUUGGUUUGCUGCACAUUAAAGGCAAAAAAAUGAAUAUGGAGAAGAUUCCUCUUGAAACAGUACGAAGUUUCUACAUAGAGGACAUUGUUCUUGCUGAUCAUCCAGACAUUUUUAACCCAGACAAUCCAAAAGUAACACAAGCAGUACAAGCAUUCUGUAUAGAAAAGGUUGAAACACUGCUGGAUAAUGCAGAAAGAGAGCGUCUGGGAAAUCCACGCCAGCCAGAAAAACCUCUCAUAAGAUUACGCGUUGAUUACAGUGGAGGUUUUGAACCAUUCGGUAUUCACCGUUUCAGUCAGAAGUUCAUGGAAAGGACAGCUAAUCCAAAGGACAUUAUACACUUUUUCAGACAUCGUGAACAAAAAGAGAAAAAUGAAGAUGAGAUUAAUUUUGGAAAGCUCAUUAGAAGACCUGCUUCGGAGGGGACAACCCUGAGAGUGGAAGACCUUGUGAAGCAAUAUUUCCAGACAGCAGAGAAGAAAGUACAGCUUUCACUCUUGACUGAAAGAGGAAUGGGUGAAGCAGUGCAGGAAUUUGUUGACAAAGAAGAGAAAGAUGCUAUCGAAGAGUUGGUGAAAUUUCAAUUAGAGAAAACUCAGAGGUUUCUUAAGGAACGUCACACUGAUGCAGAGGAGGCAAAAAUAGAUGAGGAGGUGCGAAAAUUUAGGGAGGCCAGAAAAGAGAAUAUUGAAGAGGAAGAGGAAGAAGUUCGUGAGGCUAUGACCAGGGCUAGGGCUCACAGAUCUCAUGAGGCUGCUCUUGCCUCUGGUUCUAGUGAUGAUGAUCUUAUGGAUAUGGGAAUGUCAGAACAAAAAACCAAUGAUGAUUCAGAUGCUGGCACCUCUGCAUCAUUCAGCAGAGGAAGAGGUCGAGGAAGGGGUCAGGCAAGAGGUGGAAGAGGGCAAAUCUCAACAUCAAGAGGAGCCUCUCGAAGAGGAAGAGGAAACACUACCCAAGAACAGUCUAAUAGCAGUAGAAAUUACAAGCCUGUGUCUACUCCUACCAAGAAUAUGAACAUCAUAGAUGCCUUUAAAGCUGCCCGGCAACAGCCCUCUCGGAAUUCAUCUGCUAAGAAUUACUCAGAGGACAUUAUAGAUGAUGACUCUGAUGUGGAAGAAGUUUCUUUUACUGCUGCUUCCAAAGUUACUCAAAGGUUGUCAAGAACGUCUACAUCCAGCAAAAGGAGCUUACAAAGCCAAAUAACUGGAGGGGUUGACUUUGAAUCAGAUGAGGAUGAAUUUGACCCCUUCAAGAGCACUGCUACUUCCAGAAGAAAGCACAGAUGAUUCUGGAUUCAUUAUAUAAAAUCACACUGCACAAAUGCCCAGGUCUUGUGACAGAAUCAGAAAACAAUAUGCAAGGUUUUAGAUAGUGUUUUACUCUAAACUCUUUUUUGCCUUAAUGUUUCAAUUCUUUUGUGAAAGAUUAACUCUCAGUGGUACUGUGUAUGCAAUAUAACUUGACGUAUAUGUUGGGUUACUAGAUGUAAAUACCAGU